AUAUUGUAUUGUAAGAAAAAUGGUUGACAACGUGGUGCCGGAAUUAAAUAAUUUGCAAAUCGAAGAAAAACAGGCAUGAAAUAAUAAUUUACUUUACAAUAGAAUUUUAAUUGAAAAAUAUUAUAAGUAAUGAAUAAAUAUUUAAGAAUAAUAAAAGUGUAUAACAAUUUUUUAUUCGGUGAAAAAACUGUUGGCAGAUUUCUAUCGGGGGGCAUAUCAUAUCCACACAACUUUUUUAGAUACGACUAUUCAACUUUGGCCACAAAAAUGAAAAAGGAGAAGCAAAAGAAUCAGAAUGCUCAGACUCCUGGUGACGGUGGAAAAAAUGUUAAAGAAUUGAAGCCAUGGCCGGCAUAUAUAGAAGAAAGAAAUAAAUUGUGGGAAAAAUGCAAAGAAGAAUACUUUGCAGAGCUUGCCACAAAGCCUAGGAAAGAAAUUAAAAUUACAUUGCCUGACGGUAAACAAAUAGAUGGAACAUCAUGGGAAACUACUCCCUUCGACAUAGCAAAGGGAAUUAGUCAAGGUUUGGCUGAUAACACUAUAAUCUCUAAAGUCAAUGGGGAAGUAUGGGAUUUAGAUCGUGUGCUUGAAUCUGACUGCAGCCUUCAACUUUUGAAAUUCGAUGAUCCUGAUGCGCAAGCUGUUUUUUGGCAUAGUUCGGCACAUAUUAUGGGAGAAGCAAUGGAAAGAAUUUAUGGAGGUCAUUUGUGCUAUGGUCCACCAAUUGAAAGUGGGUUUUAUUACGAUAUGUUUCUGGAAGGGGAAGGUAUAUCUACAAAUGAUUAUCCCGUUAUGGAAAACUUGAUUAAGCAAAUUGUAAAGGAAAAGCAACCGUUUGAACGAUUAGAAAUGAAAAAAGAUGAUUUACUUGAAAUGUUCAAAUAUAAUGAAUUCAAGUGUCGUAUUUUAAAUGAAAAGGUGACAACCCCUACUACUACUGUGUAUAAAUGUGGUCCUUUGAUUGAUCUCUGUAGAGGUCCACAUGUACGUCACACGGGAAAAGUUAAAGCGUUAAAAAUCACCAAAAAUUCUUCAACUUAUUGGGAAGGCAAAGCUGAAGCAGAAACUUUGCAACGUGUUUACGGAAUAUCUUUUCCAGAUGCAAAGCAGCUAAAAGAAUGGGAAAAAAUUCAAGAGGAAGCUGCCAAAAGAGAUCAUCGUAAAAUUGGCCGUGAACAAGAAUUAUUUUUCUUCCAUGAACUUUCUCCAGGUUCAUGCUUUUUUCAACCACGUGGAGCUCAUAUUUACAACACUUUAGUAAGCUUUAUAAGAAAGGAGUACAGAAAACGUGGCUUUCAAGAAGUUGUUUCACCAAAUGUUUAUAAUUCUAAGUUGUGGCAAACUUCUGGGCAUUGGCAACAUUAUGCUGAUAACAUGUUCCAAUUUGAUGUUGAAAAAGAAAUUUUUGCGUUAAAACCAAUGAAUUGUCCUGGACAUUGUUUAAUAUUCGAUAACCGCAACCGAUCUUGGAGAGAAUUGCCUCUCCGUAUGGCAGACUUUGGCGUUCUGCACAGAAACGAAUUGUCAGGUGCCCUAACUGGAUUAACCAGAGUACGAAGGUUUCAACAAGAUGACGCACAUAUUUUCUGCGCUCCUGAACAAAUUAAGCAAGAAAUAACCGGAGCUUUAGAUUUCUUGAGAUACGUUUACAAUGUUUUUGGAUUUUCUUUUAAUUUGGUGCUUUCCACGCGGCCUGAUAAAUUUUUAGGAGAAAUUGACCAGUGGAAUACUGCUGAAAAAGCUUUAGCCGAAUCUUUGGAUGAGUUCGGUUUACCAUGGAAGGAAAACCCUGGGGAUGGUGCGUUUUAUGGUCCAAAAAUAGAUAUCACUAUUUUAGACGCAUUAAAGAGAGCAUUUCAAUGUGCAACAAUUCAAUUAGACUUUCAAUUACCUAUAAGAUUCAAUUUGUCAUAUGUGUCUGAAUCUGGAGAAAAAAAACGACCUGUUAUCAUUCAUCGAGCUAUACUAGGUUCUGUUGAACGUAUGAUAGCGAUAUUAACCGAAAGCUACGCAGGGAAAUGGCCUUUUUGGCUUUCUCCACGUCAAGUGAUGGUCGUUCCAGUAGGUCCACAAUUUGAUGAAUAUGCUGAAACCGUUAGAAAACGUAUACAUGAUGCCGGAUUUAUGGCAGAGGCUGAUCUCGAUGCGGGCGAUACCAUGAACAAAAAAAUUCGGAACGCACAGUUGGCUCAAUUCAACUUUAUUUUAGUAGUUGGCGAAAAAGAACGCUCAUCAAAUACUGUCAAUGUUCGUACUCGUGAUAACAAAGUACAUGGAGAAAUAUCACUUGACAAUUUAGUUACAAAAUUAAAUAACAUCCGAGAUGAAUAUAUAAUCGGUGAAGAAAAUUUUUAAAAUUUCGAGAACAGUAUAAAAAAUUAAAAUUUUCCAUUAAAUUAAAAAUAUUUAAAAUUGAUACUAAGUUAUUAGAAUUUUAAUUGGCUUAAACUUAAAAACUACACAAAUCUAACAUUGUUAUUAUAAAAUAUAAUAUGCAAUUGUAAA